UCCUCCAAAGUCCUGCGCCUGCCCCACCAACGCGCCUCUCAAUCUCCUCCUCUCUCUCUCUCCUACAGUCCACCCGCCCGCCGUGCCCUAGCCACCGCCACCGCCACCGCCGGCGCCGGCGCCUCAGUCCGACCCCAGAUCCCCGCUCCACUCCCCCCCCCUGCGCCGCGGCCUCCCACGCACGCCGCCGCCAAUCGCCGUCCCCGCUCUUCCUCGCCGGGGGCAUCGCGUUCGCGCCGCCUCCGCCCAGCGCGCCCGCCGUCUCCGCCCAUUGGGGUUCCGAGCAGGCCAUGUUGCGGGGCUCAACUCGUGCUGUACAGGCCGUGAUUUCGUGAAGCAGCAUCCCCGUCUCCCGCGCCGGAUAUGUGGACCAACAUUUUCAAAAUCGGGGAGCUUCAGACUGUAUCAUGGUAUCAGUUUCUUCCUGUUGAACCAGAUUAUAGUGCCACUUCUGAGAGAAGUUCAAAAGCCGAGCAGAAAGAUGCCCUUAAUAGCACUGUGCUAUCAGCAUAUCUUCACUUACAGAGUGAAGGUCUCCUAAGUACAUGGACGAAUUCCUUUGUUGGUCCGUGGGAUCCAUCUCAAGGAGAGCAUAACCCUGAUGAGAAGAUUAAGCUCUGGUUGUUCCUUUCUGGCCGUCACUCGUCAGUACCUGAAAUGACCCACCCCGCGGUAGCCAAAUUAAGAGUUAUUUCAAGUGGUUUAUGGGUGGCUCCAGGCAACUCAGAAGAGGUUGCAGCUGCACUGUGUCAGGCCUUAAGAAAUUCUUUGGAGAGAGCAUUAAAAGGGCUUUCAUAUGCAAGAUUUGGCGAUGUAUUUACAAAAUACAACCCUCCUACAAGAAAUGAGAACAGCUUUAGGCGAGCACAACCUACAGUAGAGUUUGUCUUUGCUGCCACUGAGGAAGCAAUUUUUGUGCAUGUUGUAAUAUCUGCGAGACAUAUGCGGAACCUUUCUAGUGAUGAUAUAGAGAAAGUUCUCACACAUUCUCCCCGUUCUGUUGCUGAAGGUCUUCCAGUUAUUGUCGCUCCUAGUGGAAUGCUGGGUAGGCUUGUUGGCUGUUGCCCGAGUGACCUUGCGAGACAAGUAUAUUCAAGCAAAUUAUCGGCUCCGAAUUUACCAGGUUUUACUCAACCCACCAUCUGCCAGCUGAGAGGUCAAAGUUACUAUGUUGAAGUUGCCCUUGGCUUUCCAGCAACCUCAACUGACAAGAUUUCUGAACCGGAAAAUAAUCAGAUUAAAAAAGAAUUAGAUUCAGUUAAGGAUCCUCAUUUGGGCGUGGAUGGGCAGCAAAGGCUAGAAUCUGCUGAUAGCCUUCCAGUUCUUGAAAAGACAUUUAUUUUCCCACCCGAGGCUGUUAUGGUACCUAUGAUCCAUCAGGCAUUUGUUCGCUUUUCUAGUAAAAGAAUGUGGUCACAGAGCUGGAUGGGAAGUUCAUCAUGGGAGGCAUGGCCAUUCUGGAACUUUUCUCCAUCUUCUUACUUUCGAAACAGCUCUUUCCUUGGAUCUUCACGUGGCCUUGGUGUGAACUCUAAUUUUCUAAGACUAAGAAGAAAACGGAAUAGCAAUAGCGAUGGCAUGGCUAGUAGUAUCAGUAGUGUCAGUAGCACUUCCAAUGGAAGUGGGCAUGCUAUUGUUGCUAAAGGCGGUGAUCUUUUAGCAGAUGCUGACUCUACAGCACGCCAUCAUUCUGAUCUGCCAUUGAACAAUGAUGUUGCUGGUAGCAAGAUGGUAUCCAAGCGGUCUCGGUCAGAAAUAACAGAAGUUUCUUCUCAUACUGGGAAAGAAGUUGCAGAAAACAUUCAGGGCUCAAACGGUCAGGGGGGGCGUUCUUGGGGCUGGGAUGAAGAGGGGGUUGUGAUGGACAUUAAUAUACUUCUCUCGGAGUUUGGAGAUUUUAGCGACUUCUUUCAAGAGGACGAGUUAGAUUUUGGUGAGCCUCCAGGUACCGCUGAAUCACAUGCUUUAGUAACCCCUGCUUCGGACUAUGGAGAUGUGACAUUCACAGAUAGUCCAUCCACAGCUAUGGAUAUACCCGAACAAAGACUUUCUCCAGUUGGUUUCACAUCUCUGGAGGCAUUUAACCACCCAACGAUGUCACCUAUUCAGGAUGUUGCUUCUAAAGUUCAAGAGCCUCUGAAAGAAAUUGCAUCACCUGCAGGGUCCCAGUCCUUAGUACUAUCAUCUGGUAAAUUUGAUUAUCUCACCCGAGCUGAGGCGACGCUCACAUUUGCACCAGAAUAUGCAGCCGUUGACGUUUCUGGUGGCGAGAUGACUACAACUCUGUUCACAAAUCCCUACUUACCUGGGUCAAAAAAACGAGGGAGUUGUGGUUUUAGCUCAAGAGUUUAUUCAUAUAAUGUUGCACAAAGUUCUCAAACUGAGCCUGCAGGAGACAAGUCCGGUAAAGUAGCACCAGCUAAUCUUUCACGGGAUGUUGGUCUAUCAAACUUAUACACACUUGUCCAAGGUAGUAAAAAAGUGAGUGAGAAGAGACUAAACAAUAUGGAGGAACAAUCAUGCAAGGGAGAGACAUCAGUACCUGUUUCUAGUGAGACUUCAUUUAGUUCUUCUCUGACUUCUCAAAAGAAGAGUGACAGCAUGAUUAAUGUUGGUUUUUUCCUACUAUCUAUGAAGACUGCCCUUGCAACUGAAAUGGAAUGCAUCACAUUCCAGGCUGCCAUGUGCAGAAUAAGGCACACACUACUGUCUCUAAGAACCAAAGCAUCUGCUGAGUUAAAAGGUGCCUUGUCCAGUGUUACGCAAACAGAGAGCAGCAGUAAGUUGGAUCUCGUCCCCAAAUAUGAGAUGAAAAGGAAAGAAAAUAUACCAGCUAGGCUAUCUGGUGAUGCUGACCAUGAAAUGUAUGAUAGGUCCGUAAUAGAAAACGUGGGAGUUUGGAGGCCUGUGGCACCUAAAGGGGCAAAAGCUCUUGAGUCUUUAUCUGCUAAAACAUUUACUGGUGCAAGCCCAAGUUCGUCUGGACAAAGACAGCCUAUUGUGGAUCUUCUCAGUGCCAUGGCUCUGCUAGUUCAGCAAUCUACUUCAUUUGUUGAUAUUGCACUUGAUAUGGAUGAUGGGGAUGGCUCUUUUUUCUGGCUUUCCUUGGAUGAGCAGAGGAGACGUGGAUUCUCUUGUGAUCCUUCUAUGGUUCAUGCUGGCUGUGGUGGACUAUUGGGAACAUGUCAUUCAAAGGAUUGUGCCGGUGUUGAUUUAGUUGAUCCACUUUCUGCAGAGGUUUCAGAAUCAUCUAUGAUUGGGUUGUUGCAGUCGGAUAUAAAAGUAGCCCUUAAAACUGCCUUUGCAAACAUGGAUGGCCCAUUAUCAGUGAUUGAUUGGUGCAGGGGUCGAAGUAAUAUAGCCGAAUCUGCUGCCAUGGGAGAUGCGUACACUUUCCAGUACACACCUGGUGAUACUCGAGAGAGUUCAAGUUCUAUACCCAUUGGUGGAGAUGCAACGAGCCCAGCCCAAUCUAGCAGUGACCGAGGCACUUCAGACUUGGAGCAUCAUAAGGGAUAUCACCGCGUUAGACCAACCAUCGCUGUCCUCCCUUCGCCAUCUCUUCUUGUUGGUUACCAGGAUGAUUGGUUAAAAACCUCUCCUAAUUGCCUCAAAUUGUGGGAAAAAGCUCCUUUGGAACCGUACGCUUCGCCCAAGCCUGUCACUUACUAUGCACUCUGCCCAGAUAUUGAUAUGCUUACUUCUGCAGCCACUGAUUUUUUCAUGCAGCUUGGAACAAUUUAUGAAGUUUGCAAACUGGGUACUCAUUCGCCACAACACAAUGGGGGGCAAAUGGAACAAUCUCCUGGAAAAUAUCUGCCUUCAGGACUUGUUCUAGUUGAGUGUCCUGAUGAAGUGAAGACUAGUGGCAGCCACACAAUUUCUGUCAGCUCAGUAACUGAAUACCUUCAAGCUCUUUCGAAAAGUUGGAGCGUGAAAAGCUUUGUAACAUCUCUGGCAAGGAUAAUCAAAGAUAUACAGCUUACAUCAAGCUUUUCAACGAACCAAAAAGAGAGCAGUAACAUACCUUGCACGGUAGUCUAUGUGGUCUGCCCAUUUCCUGAACCAUCUGCAGUCCUACAGACACUGGUAGAAUGUUCUGUUGCCCUUGGGUCUAUUUUAUCGCCAGAUAGAGAAAGGAAAUCAUUCUUAUAUGCUGAGGUUGCCAAAGCCCUAAACUGCAAUGCUUCUGCGGAUGAAGCAUCAGCAUCCAAUGUUGUAAUGCUCUCUGGAUUCAGUAUGCCAAAGCUUGUCUUGCAGAUUGUUACUGUUGAAACUUUAUUGAGACUCCAUAAACCAAAUGAGCUUACUGCUUUCAAGGACAUAGCAUUCACUGUGUACAAUAAGGCUCGACGAAUUCCACGGUUUGUUUCCACAAAUGACAUGUUUCAGUCACCUACUUAUAUGGGUAGGCCUCAGUCCACAAUGAUGCACACUACAUCUCCCGGUCGUACCCUUUGGAAAGAAUGUUUGGUUCCUCCUCGGAUGUCUGCACCAACUCUCUCUAGGGAAGCAGAGUUUGAUGCAUCCAUGAGGUCAGUGUCUUGGGAUAACUCAUGGCAACCUGGUCGUGCUGCUGUAGGAUUGCCGGACCCAAGCAAAAUCCCAGAUCUAUGUGCUCAGGAUGACAGGAAGUAUGCCUUUGAGCCGCUUUUCAUUCUGGCAGAGCCUGGGUCUGUUGAUUGUAACGAUAUGGAAUCUUCAAGGUCUGGAGUUGAUGCAAGUAGCAACAGGGUUUACAGCUCCAUUUCAGGUGGCACUGAUAGUGGAGCUAGCCCGCUACCUGAAGGGUCUGAGAAUGACGGUGCUACAAGUCUUCAUUGCUGUUAUGGUUGGACCGAGGACUGGCGAUGGUUAGUAUGCAUCUGGACAGAUUCUAGAGGAGAGUUAUUAGACAGCUUAAUAUUUCCUUUUGGUGGUAUUAGUAGCCGCCAAGACACUAAAGUUCUCCAAAGCCUUUUCAUUCAAAUUCUGCAGCAAGCUUGUCAAAUAAUGUCGUCUUCACCAGAGGCAAGCAAUACGAGACCAAGAGAUGUAACAAUAACCCGUAUUGGAGGUUUCCUCGAACUUGAAAUCCAGGAAUGGCAAAAAGCAAUAUACUCUUUUGGUGGCAAUGAGGUCAAAAAGUGGCCUGUUCAUCUACGGCGAUCUAUACCUGAUGGCAUUCCAUCGAAUUCUAAUGGACCAACACUCCAGCAACAAGAUAUGGGCUUAAUCCAGGACAGAAACAUGCCUUCCUCACCAAAUACGUUGUACAACCCUCAUUCAAAAUCUAGCUUCACGAAAGGGCAACCAGGCAGCAAAAAACAGAUCCUAGUGGAGCAAACUGGAAUGGAUAAUUCAAGGGGGUCAUUGCACUUGGUUCGUAGCAUUAGUUUAGUUGCAGUUUCCCAAGAUAAUUCAUUGCAUCUUGCCUGCCAAGCGGAUCUGUUGGCCAGACCUGCUACUGGUGACGGAAUUCAAAGCAGCAAUCAGCCUUCUAGUUACUUGGAAGGGUUCUCUCCAGUCAAGUCCAUCGGGUCAAUGUCUGCAUCGUAUCUUCUGGUUCCAUCACCAAGCAUGCGAUACCUUUCUCCUACGACAUUACAGCUUCCAACGUGCCUCACAUCAGAGUCCCCACCACUCGCCCACCUAUUGCACAGCAAAGGGACAGCGACUCCCUUGGCAAUGGGUUACGUCGUCUCCAAAGCCAUCCCGCCAGUUAGAAAGAACUCUGCGCAACUCACCAAAGAGGACAAACACUCUGUUCUCUCUGUCAGCAUCGUGGACUAUUAUGGAGGCAGCACUGCCACUGUUCAAGACAAGAUGAGCAGAGGCAGCAAGCAAGCGAGGAACAUGGCUCAUGAGAUGUCAGCCCGUGAUUAUGAGACGGAUAUGCAUAACGUGCUGGAAUCCGUAGCGGCUGAGCUCCAUGCGCUUUCAUGGAUGACGGUGAGCCCGGUGUAUGCGGAACGGCGCAGCGCCUUGCCCUUCCACUGUGACAUGGUCCUGAGGCUGAGGAGGCUCCUCCAUUACGCCGACCGACAUCUCUCUCAACCAACAGUAAAAGGAGAGACGUAGCUUAGAGAGGAAUGAACUAAUUCUUCACAUGAUAAGAUUUUAGCUGUUUUUACACAGGAAGAGAAAAAACAAGGGUAGAUCGAUGUAACAGCUUGAACCUCCGUGCCUGACCGUGUGUAUGUAUGUAGGUAGAUAGGUAGGUGGAGGGCAUGUUGUUGAGCUCUCUAGCCCGAUUUUAGCAACUUGGGGUUGAGGUUGUAAGUAAGCGUGCACCGAUGCCUCUCCCUGUGUUAGUUGUAAUAACAUUGUAGAACUGUUUUUUCAAUCAGAUGCUAUGCCUUCUGUUUA